AUGAAACUAAACGAAGAAUACGUCAAGUUUUUAGGUGAAGGUGCUUAUAGUUUCGUUGAUCUCUUCAAGUACACAAAAAGCGACGGCUCUUCUUUUCACGCCGCCGUAAAAAGCUCCGAUGAUGAAAACUCUCUCCUUAAAGAAUUUCAUAUUCUUUCCGAACUCAAAGGAUGUCCAAGAAUCAUACAAUGCUUUGGUAACGACUUGGAAGAGGGUUUCGACGAUAAAGGAAACAGAGUCUACAAGUUGCUUCUCGAGUACGCAUCCGAAGGUAGUUUAAGCGAUUUCAUGAACAAUUGCGUGGAUAGAAAGUUACCAGACUUGAUGAUUAGAGACUUCACGCGUAUGAUUCUCCAAGGUUUGGUAUCGAUUCAUAGCCACGGUUAUGUUCAUUGCGAUCUCAAGCCAGAAAAUGUCCUUGUCUUCCCUUGUGGAGAUUCUUACGAAGUGAAGAUUUCUGAUUUUGGACUCUCAUUACAAGUCGGAGAAGUUCCUGAUCACUGGAAAAUCGAAUACCCGUUUGUUGGAACGCUUAACUACAUGCCUCCGGAGUCUCUACAUGACGGUGUUGCCAAUAAAACCCUAGAUUUGUGGUCAUUAGGGUGUUUAGUGUUGGAGAUGUAUGUGUGUAAGAAGCCAUGGAUAGGGUUUAUACCUGAGGAUUUUGUGUAUAUCCUCUCUAAUGGUAACCCUCCAGAGAUUCCCGAGAGUUUGCCUUGCGACGCAAGGGCGUUUAUUCAAAAGUGUUUCUCAAGGAACCCUAAGGAGAGAGGUACUGCGUCUGAGCUGCUGUCUCAUCGGUUUUUGCGUCAAGAAAAAUCGAAAUUGAAGAUGAUUUCUCCAUUCAACCUGCUAAAGUUUAAGAAAUUUUUAAACAAGCUCUUGAGGUUGAAGAAUUUCCUCUGA